GAUAAGUCGCUGUCGAUAAGUCGCUGUCGAUAAGUCGCUGUCGAUAAGUCGCUGUCGAUACAGUGUCAACAUCUUGAGCCACUCGGCGUCACUGAGACUGGUGCUGACGAGCCCGUACCUGAAUCGGAGCCUGAAUCUGGACCAGAUCUGCAGGUGUAACUUUUUGGCCCUCCACCAUCAGACUGCGACAUCUGGACUGCUACUGUGUGCGAACAGUACGACCUCCGUACCACCAUUACGUGCAUCCACACACGGUUCCUUGUUGGAUUUCUACAUGCACGCCGGCCACUCGCGCGAACCCUGGCAUCUUGGGCGCCUCCUGACCCCGCCAGAUCUCAGGCCUGCCAUUGGGCUUGGCCGGUCACGGUGUCAGUCGUCUGACGUCUGUCAAUAAGCUGCCGACGAUCGAGUCAAGGACUCAAGGUGCUAGGUCUACAGCGAGAACCGACACUGCGCACCCCGCCGUGGUCCGGCCCUCGGCCCAAUUUCUCGACGCCGUCACGGUCUGCACCUGCAGCUGCAGGGGCUCCCAAGGGGCCAAGGGGACUGGCAGUGACAGAAACGGUGUCAAGAAAAUCUGUGCCCGCGCAUGCACACGGGUGGCAUUGCGGCUGAGCUUGUCAGGCAGGCAGGCAGGCCAGGCUGGCUGGCAGGCUGUCAAGAGCACGUCAAGACGCACGGGAUACUCGCAGGAUCCUCGCACGACAUCACCACCACCGCCGAGGUGCCAUCACCACCUCGACCCACGUCUCCUCCAAUCGCCUGGCGCACGCGCUUUGUUUCUGAUGCAGGCACCGUCAAAGCGGCACCGACAUCCCACUGCUGCUCCUUACUCCUGACCACUGAACGUGACUGGGCAGCUGGGACGAACAACGUCAGCAGCCGUAACUUGCCGUGUGCUCCUUUGACGCACAGACGCCCACAGCUGGCCGUGACAUAGCACAGCUGCAGUUCGUCCGUCCGCACCUAUCGCAGCCCUGCGCCCUGGAUGUGGUGGGGUCCUGCUUUUGGCUGUUUGUUUCAAGUUGCUCUCGAAUCUGCGGCAGAACUGUCCUGCUCCACCACCCGCUGGGACACGGCCAAUCCAUCCCCACGCCCUCCAUUUAAACUAUUAGCCUUUUUGGCUUUCUGGGGGUGUUUUUUUUCCUGGCAGAUCAAACACCCAACGGCCCCAGCACCACGGUCGAGAUCCCGAGCAGGGAUGCAAUAGCUCGCUCUGGAUGCCCAAUUGCACCCUCGCCAUCCUCUUGCCCUGCUGACCGCCCUGCCUACCGACCGCCCAACUGCUCACCUGUGCCCGGCUCCGUCCCUGCCGGCUGAAAUCCGCACGCCAGGAGGUCUGUCCAGGCAGACAAGCCCACCGGCAACCGCCAACACCGCCGUCCCUUUGCACAAUGCCCCUCAGGAUCACAUGCCAGGGCGCCCGCGCCCUGAUUGCCGGGCAGGGCCUCCAGCGCUCUCGCUGUCUCAGGUUGCCGAGCACCUCUCCGCGGCACUCUCUUGCUGCCGUGUCGGGCCCCGCGGCAUCGUUCACAUGUUCCACCACGUACUGCUCCGCGACCCGGAUGGUUUCUGAUGCUUCGACCUCCUCCACUACUCUUGGCAUCACCCACCUGAGGACAUUUGUCUCCGUCACACGGCCCCGGCGGAAGAGAGACGACCGGGAGCCAGGCUUGCCAUCCUCACCGGCAUCUCAGCCGGGAAAGAUUGCCAGUGUGCUCAAAAAGGCAAUCCCUGUUGCAACUCAUGAGAACAUCUACACCAUCCCUAACCUGCUGACUGCAUCCCGGCUCGUUCUGGCCCCAGUAAUUGGCUACUGCAUCCUUCAUGACCAUCAUGCUUGGACACUGGGCUUGUUCGCCUACGCAGGCAUCACAGAUCUCCUGGAUGGGUGGAUAGCCCGGAAGUGGAACCAGGGCACUGUCGUAGGCACUAUCAUUGAUCCCAUGGCUGACAAGACCCUCAUGACGGUCUUGACUGUGGCUCUGGCGAUGAAGGGCGGCUUACCUGUCUGGUUAGCUGUUAUCAUCCUUGGUCGUGAUGUUGGGCUUGCCAUUUCGGCCAUUUAUUUCCGGUGGAUCUCUUUGCCCCCACCAAAGACCUUCAUGCGGUAUUGGGACUUCUCCUUGCCGUCUGCAGAGGUACACCCGACAACAAUCAGCAAGUAUAACACUUUCCUUCAGCUUGCGCUGAUGGGUCUCACAACAAUGGCGCCUCUGGUUCCAGUCGUGGCUGGUACGCCUUUGACGGUGAUGCAGUAUGUUGUCGCCACUACAACAGUGUGGAGCGGGGCAAGCUAUGUGUAUAGCAAGGACGCAGUAAAGAUACUGUCGCAUGACGAGAUCAAGGAGAGACAAGAAGGAGACAAGCAUCCGUGACGGACGGAAGCGAGGCGUAUCACCAAGCAAGGAGUUAGGGCUCGGCCGUGCUGCUGAGUGCUACCGACGAUAAUAUCAGGCCACUAUGAGAUGACGGAUGCUUAUCUUAGAUGUCCGAGUCCCCCGGAAGUUUAGUCGCAUAUUCAGAAAGAUCAACACACUGGGUCCUGGACGAUUCUCGAACAACCAGCUACCGACAAGAGAUAGCAGGAGAAUCGGCGUGCAGUCGAGCUCUCGCCACACCAAUGUCUAUGUAUGUGACCCGCUUUAUGGCACAGGCGACGCAAUAUCGACCCCAUCUAGUCAUUGGAGAGCUCGUGUACACGAGAUAUCUAGCAAACCGGCCGGCCCUUGUUUCAACCCAUGAUCUUGUUGAGUCUGAACACAUAGGCGGUCUUGUACUUCCAAAAGGAUACGCCCGGGGCUCACUAGAUGUACUGAACCAUGUCUUGUGCAUCUCUUUCCUGGAGCAUAGUCAGUCUCUGACGCUAGCAGCCCAUCACAGUCUUUUGCUACCUACUUUGUCUCGCAUGAUAUUAUUCAGUUGACACUCACCAGAUGCCGGCCGCGUGGACAAUUACUCGAAUGAUU